GCCAUGGGGAUGGGAGCAGGGCAAGUGCUGCUUCUGCUGUUGGCUGCCUGUGUGGUGCUGGCUGCCAAGGACCCGCUGCUGAACGUCUGCAUGGAUGCCAAGCACCACAAGACCAAGCCUGGCCCAGAGGGGAUGCUGCACAACCAGUGUGCUCCCUGGAAGGACAAUGCCUGCUGCACAGCCAACACCAGUUCUGAAGCCCACAAGGACCAAUCCAACCUGUACAACUUCAACUGGAACCACUGUGGGCUGAUGCCACCCAAGUGCAAGCGCCACUUCAUCCAGGACACGUGUUUGUAUGAAUGCUCACCCAACCUGGGGCCCUGGAUUGACCAGGCCGACAGCAGCUGGCGCCGGGAGAGGAUUCUUCACGUGCCCCUCUGUAGGGAGGACUGCGAGGAGUGGUGGGAGGACUGCAAGGACUUUGUCACGUGCAAAGAGAACUGGCACAAGGGCUGGAACUGGGCAACAGGAACAAACCGCUGUCCCUGGGGCUCCAUGUGCAGACCCUUCAGCCUCGUGUUCCCCCGGCCAAAGGACCUGUGUGAGAAGAUCUGGUCCAACUCCUACAAAUACACGGCCGAGCGGCGCGGCAGCGGCCGCUGCAUCCAGAUGUGGUUUGACCCUGCCCAGGGAAACCCCAACGUGGUUGUGGCCAAGUACUAUGCUUGGAAAAAGAGAUCCUCCUCUGCUGGGCUGGAGAACAUGGCUCCUGAGACCGGCAGAGCUGCGUGUGCUCGGCCACGGGCUGUCCUGGUCCUGCUGCCUCUGACCCUCGUGCUGGUCUCUGGGGUAGCUGGGGGCUGUGAGUCCCGUGGAUGGGGUUCCCUGUGA